AUGUCGACGGAGAUUGUUGGCGAUAAUUUACAGACAUCUUCAAUACCGUGUUGCGGUCGUGCAGCGACCGAUCAUGCACGUGCUAAUACAAUCAGCGUGUACCACGUGAGUUUGAAUCAACAACAGCUGCUACUGAAAAACGCACAUUGCCCAAGGGACAUGUUUGUCAGCAGACGUUUUACAUUUUGGCAUAACUGGAAGAGUUUAUCAUUGAAUCAAUUUCUAUUCCUAAUCAUCAUAUUGCAGAUGUACGAGGUUCUCGCAGAGACUGAUUUGUUGGGAACUACAACCACGAACGGAUUAACGACCACAAACGGAACUAUGUGCAAGGAGCGAUGGACGUGCUCGUCGUGUACGGGAGCAACGAUGCCACUAUGCAGCUGGUUGGCUGCUGAACAAAUGUGCGCGGACAAUACGGAGGUCAAAUUGCAAAGCCGGAUGGUGGUCACCAACGGGUCGUCCUGUCCAAAGUUUUCGGUCAACAAUAGUGUCAACGCAUUGGAUGGCAAUCAGAUUAUAACGGCUACGGUUAUGAUUGAUGACUGGGACAUGGGUGGUGGUUUUGUCCAUUUGUUAACCAACAGCAGCGUCGUGUGUCAGUCGGGCAAAAAUACCUACAAGGCCAAGGUGGACGACAACCGAAUCUCCUGUUCCUGGGAAUCGAAGCGUACAUCGCUGUACAGUACCAGGUGCCAACAGUUAGUACCGCACUACAAUCAUUUAUCGAUCGUGUUCGGUGGUAAGUUAAUGCGAUUCGACAAUGUCAGCAACCACUAUUUGACCACUUACCCGGGGGGUGGCGAUUGCCCAAAAAUGGAGUGCCCACAUUGUAACUGGAACAAUGGCACACACAGGUUUUAUUGUAGUAUGUGCUCAAUGAAGAACACCGCAUCCAUGGACAUAAUACCGUACUGUGAUGUACGGAAUAUUUCGAGUCUCAUGUAUUUGGGGACCACCAACAUCCGAAAUGAUGAAAGGUGUUCCAUCAAAGGUCCAGGUGUAAUUAAUUAUUCUACAACUCCGAAAAUUAUACUUCAAUCAGAAUUAUACUUCAAUCAAGGGUCCGGCAGCAGUCAAGCGGGAAACAACAGUUCUCCGGUCCAUCCGACAUUGGACGACGGCCAAGUUUUUGGCGGUAUCGAGUCAGGCGGCACCACUUUUUGGGUGCAUGGUCAACAUUUUUCCGGCUUGCGGAAAGUAAAGUGUUGCGUCAAACAUAGAUACUGGUGCGGCAACUGUGAUGUCCGCAACGACACGCAUAUGGUUUGCCGGACUCCUAAGAUCAACAUCGAUCUGGAAGAUGCAUUUGAAAAUGAAUAUUUGAGGUUUUACGCUGAAAAAUCGAUUGGAAUAGAGUACAAGCUAAAGUUACCGGAUUUAGAUUACCAACGAUAUCAUGAUCCGGUUUUCACGGACUUCGUGGUUGAUGGAUGCUGCAACGUUACCGUAAAUGGUCUGUACCUGGACAAAGGUUUCACCGCUGAGGACUUGUCCAUUAUACUGGUCGGAGAAAGCUCUUCCUCUCGUUGCCAGAUCAAUUCGUUGAACAACACGCAGAUCAUUUGUAAGGUGUCGCAGUUAUCUUCAUCUCAGUUGGGUUCACAGCCGAAACAGCUCAAUGUCACGAUAGGCAACAAUCUGAAUAUCGUUAAGCUGUCGAAACAAAAAUACAGUAAUUUCAAAAGUUUAUUAGCCCGGAUUUUAUGGCCGGGUGUCAUCACUAUAGGCGCGUACGUUUCUUUCAUUGCGGUUCUACGUGUGGCCCUCUUAUUUUUUAAGACCACCAAGGAAUAUGACCUAUUGCAUUUACAUGGUCACCAGCAGCUUGCCGAAAUGCGAUCGCUGGACGAUCGAAAUCCCCAUGACUACGACGACAAUGGCAAACCUGAAAAAAUGUUGUUGGUACGUGACGAAUGUCAUUAG